AUGUCGGAUAUAACUGAAAUUGCACCAUGUAUUUUGAAGACUUCACCAACAGAUCAGCAGCUGAACAAGCUUGCAAGGAGACUGGGACCCGAAUGGGAGCAUAUAGUUCUUUGCUUGGGUUUGUCCCAUACUGACAUCUAUCGAUGUAAAGUCAAUCACCCUCACAACCUGCAGUCACAGAUCGUAGCUGCGUUCGUUCUGUGGAGACAGCGUUUGGGGAAAAAAGCAACAAUCCAAAGUCUGCAUGCCAGUUUGAUGGCAGAAGAAGUGGAUCCUUCGGUGAUACAGUACAUGCUUGAGUGAAGCUUUGCUAUUGAUUGGGAGCUUUCAAGUACUUUGUUAAAUUAAAUAAAGAGGAUUCACUGAAAUGUAUGUUGAAGAUCUGACACCUCAAACUGGAAAAAAUGGGGUUGGGAACUGUGUUUUAACUAAGUUUAAACAUUCCAGUUUUCUGUGGCAUCUUGUGACUUGUAAUUCUUUUCAUGCCAGAUUAAUUUUUAGCAGGCAUUAAAAA